AUGGAAUUGAUCAUAAAAAAACCAUAUAUAGAAAUAUUUGAAAAGAUCUUAAAACUGUUUACCCAUAUUUGUGAAAAUGUUCAUUUUAAAUUAACAAGAAAUAAGCUAGAAUUAAGCGGCUCAAAUAAUUUAACAAAUGAACUGGUGAUACAUAUUGAUAAGAAAUUUUUUAUAUUAAAUGAUGUAAAUGGAGAUAAGAAGAAUAUAAUUAAUGGCACUGUAAAAUCAAAAGAUUUUUACAAUUGUAUAUAUAAUCAUAAGAUAGUUAAACAUCUGAGGAGUACUUAUUCACAACAUGGAUCUUAUAAUAGUCACAAGAAAAAUGAUUCACCUUUUCUAAUGAAAGAUGAUAUGAAUGAAGAAGGAAGAAUAAAUAAUACAAAUAAUGAUGAAAUUAAAUCAAUCGUUUGUGAUGGUAUGUAUCCAGAUGAUAACAAUAAGUCAUAUUUUAGGAAGGAUAAAAAGUGGAAUAUACAUCUUUCUAAGAUAACUCUGAAAUUUAAUAAUAUAAAUCAUAAUAUAAAUAAUAAUAUGGAUGGUGAUGAUCAUGAUGACAAUAAUAAUAAUAAUAAAUUAGAAAUAAUUAUAAAAUUUAAAAAGUAUAACACCUAUUUUAGCGCAAUAUUAAAAUUGAAAACGUUCAACACACCAAUGAAAAAUUAUAUUUAUAAAAAUGAAUCUAUUAUACAAAUAGAUCCAACCCUUUUUUUACUUAAUCUUAAAGAUCUAUCUAAUGAAAAGAAUAUUUUUUUAAAGAAUACAGAUAAUUCAUUUAUCAUCAGUUCUUUAGAAACUUGUGAUUUCAGUUUAAAUAAAGAAAGAAUAAAAAGAGAACAAUUUUUUUAUAAUAAUAAAAAUAUAUGUAUCCCAUCUAGUAAAACGAAAUAUUUUUUUAAAAAUAAAAAAUUCCAGGAUCAUAAUAUGUCUCUUCCUUUAAAUGAACUAAAGACCAUAAUUAAAUUCUGUUCAGACUUAAAUUUAUUAUGUUUGUUUUCUACAAAAAACUUUAAAGAAAAUCUUAUUAUAUAUUUUGGUAAUAUAAUAUCUUAUAUAUUAGAAAAAAACAAAAAUAAAAUAAAAAAAAAAAAUAAAAAUAAAACUUUUCAACACAAGCAGCAUACAUAUAUGCUGAACACAAACCAUGUGAAAUAUUUACCAAAUAUAUCACGUGAUUAUAAAUAUGAUUACACGUUUGAUUCGUCUAAAAAAUCACACGUAAGUAGAAAUAAAAUCCAUGAUGAUGAUGAUAAAUAUAUAAAUUCAAAUUUGUAUAUAUUAUCAAAAGGGGAAUUAAAUAAUAAUGACAGCCACAUUUAUGAUAAUAAAAACAAUUACGAUAAUAAUAACAAAUCACUAGUUUUUUAUUUAUCUGAUUAUACAUCAAGCGAUGAAUAUGAUUCUAGUAUGGAUGAAUUCGAUGAUCAAAUAUAUUUACCAGUAUACGAUAAUGAAUAUACAAAGGAUGACACCAAUUUUAAUUAUAAUCAUAUUAUAACAGGAUGUAUACAUUUUACUUCAUAUUUUAAUAUAUCAUGUGAUUUUAAUGAAUAUGAAAAUGAUAAGAAAUAUGAACACGAAGAUGUUUUUCAACAACCUAUGGAUGCAUUUGUUAUAAAUAAUAAUGAUGAUAAUGAUGAUAAUAAUGAUAAUAAUAAUGAUAAUAAUAAUGAUAAUAAUAAUAAUAAUUAUUUUGAUGAUAGUAAAAAAGUUAAGAAGAUACAACAUAAGGAAAAAAAAUUAUCUAUAGAAAAAAAAAAAGAAGAUAUAAUUUAUGAUAAUACAAAAAGUUGUAGUUUUAAUUAUGAAAGGAAUAAUUUAAAAAAUAUAAGAGAAGAAGGAAAAGAAGAAGAAGAAAAAAAAAAAAAAAAAAAUUCGUCUAUCUCUGAAGAUAUAGAUAAGGAUAACAAUUAUCAUGUUAUGCAAAAUAUUAAAAAUAAAGAUAUUAAGUAUGACCGAAAGGAAGACGGUUUCAGUGAUACUUAUGGUAUGUUUAAUCAUUUGAAGGAAAACAAAAGUUAUGAGGAGAAUAGAAGAAAAAAACAUCAUCUUGUUUUGAUAAAUGAAAAAUGUGAAGAGUCUGAAUAUGAUCAAAAUGGUGAGUGUUCACAUGUCCCAAAAGAUGAUUAUUCAUAUGAUCCAAAUAAUGAUUGUUCAUAUGGUCCAAAUAAUGAGUAUCCAUAUGAUCAAAACAAUGAAUGUCCAUAUAAUCAAAACAAUGAAUGUCCAUAUGACCAAAACAAUAAUAUUAAUACAACUUUCAAUAACCUCGUACAAGAACAGGAAAAAGAAAUUAUUUGUAAUUCCAACAUUUAUGAAGAAUUCAAUUAUGAUACCUAUAUGAGGCAAAAUGAAGAGACACAAAAUGUGUAUAAAAAUAUGCACGAAAAAAUAAAAAAACUUGAUAUAACCUUGGAAAAUUUAAAGCAAAUAAAUAAAAAGAAGAAAAAAAUACUGGAUUAUCAAAAGGAUGAUGUAAAAAAACCCUUUUUGGUUUUUUCCUUACCAAAAAGUAGAAACAUCAAAAAAAGAAGGAAACCCAUCGAAUAUAUUUCUGAAGUGAAUAAAAGAAAUAAAAGAAAUAAAAGAAAUAAAAGAUCAUCCAAGGAUUUGUUAUAUAAUGAUGUGGAAAAUAAAAGGUAUGAUAACAAUUCGGUGUCGUGUAGAAAUGAGGAAAAUGAAAUUACAAGUGACAAUUUUUAUUCCUUAAAUGAUGACAAUGAAGAGGAUGAAAAUAAUGAUUAUUAUGAUGAAAAUAAUAAUAAUUAUGAUGAUGAAAAUAAUAAUUAUGAUGAUGAUAAUAAUAAUUAUUAUGAUGAUGAUAAUAAUAACUAUUAUGAUGGUGAUAAUAAUAACUAUUAUGAUGGUGAUAAUAAUAACUAUUAUGAUAAUUUUCCGGAUGAGACUUAUUACAACAUUCGUCAUAAUAAACAUGGUGUGGGAGAAAAUAUGGAAUAUAUGAACUACUUCAAUAAUAUAUACGACAAAUAUAACAUGAGUAACAAAACGAAUAAAGAAAAAACACAUCACAUAAAAAAUAAAAUAUAUAAAAAUCAAUUAAACUAUAGAAAUUAUUAUAUGAGUGAAAAAGAUAACAAUAUUCAGUAUAUAAAAGGGGGAAAUGAAAAGAAUGAGAAUGAUGAAAAGUUUUAUAAUAAUUACAAACAUUUCAACAUGUCUAGAUUGUCACAUAAUCUACAUGAUAAGGCACCUCUCACAAAUCAAUAUUCAGGGCCUAAGAAGAAUACACGAUUAAUUAUGAAAAAUUAUUCUUCUCAUAUUCUAAAAGAUGAAAUAAAACAUCCUAGUGUUAAUUAUGAUAAUGACAUAUUUAAUUAUAAAAAAUGUAAGUUACAAAAGAAGUCAUAA